AUGGCGUCCAAUCUCCAAGAACCUCCAAGCCCCUCCGUAUCCUCGAUCUUCCUCCCACUCGGCAGAAGAUCUCGGCGUGGCUCCCACACAUCUAUUAGCAGUGAAACUGAAAAAGAAAACUUGAAUGAAGCUCUGGAUCAGAUACACAGCGCUGCCUCACAGUUGGGAACCCUCACGGUAUUCAAUGAAUAUACGAAUCCUCCGGUUCAGUCGGUGGCGACUGACAACAAAGGACUUGUGGGAGACCUUCAAGGUGGACUAAGUGGGCUUUAUAACAUGUUUAAAGCGUCAGUCGGUGGUGUUAGAGAUAUGGUUGGUGGACCAACAAAAGCAUCAGAUACUGUCUUUCAGGAGGCUGGAAGUAAUGAUCCUUCAAAAACUCAAGUUGUCGGUACAAGACCUACAGAUGCUUUAUCUACCCAUGUAGCCUCUGCACAAGCUUCGGCUACAAGUUCUCCUGUCCUGGGCACUUUUCCAAUGCUCCCAGAAGGCAACGGAGGCAGCCAGCCUAAAACUUCGAAAAUUUCCUCCAAAGCUGCGAGCGUCUCAUCCAGAGCGUCAAUAUCGGCCAGCAACCCCCUAAAAUCUCCGCUUUUACCUCUUUCGAAGGUGCAUACACCUGCUACGGCAGAUCCCACUGUCACCGAGAUAAAUGUGAACGCUGUCAAAGAUGGACACCAUCACCAUAGAAGUAAUUCUGGGAGUUUAUGUUCUAGUUUGUUGAUGAAUUCGGAUUCAAUGACGGAACGUAAGGAUAGAGCUCCUCAUUUAUCCUCGAGCCAAAAGUCACAGGAAUCAACAAUUGGCACUAGGUCUCAAUCGCCUGUCCUGUUGGCAAAGACAGGAGGUGAUACCUAUAGAGAUUUUCAGGAAUCUGACCUUAGUCGAACAACUUUUCCAGAGCCUGAGUCUCAUGAUGGGUCAAUAUCUCCCAAAUUAUAUUCAAAUAGUGCGUCACGAAGUGGCUUAUCGGAGUUAGACACUUCGUUUUAUGUUAACCCACAGAAAUUUAACCAGGCUGGAAGUACCCAUGACGACAAGCUUCGCCGUAAAGAUGUCUACCCUGAGGAUUCCAACGUAUCGCUUGCCAUGGAUUCUGGACCAACGUCUGUUUCAAAUAGUAUAUCGAAAUUUGAUAGUUCAAUAAAUGAUGGAAACACUAUCACCACAUUAGACACAUCUAUCUCCAUUACUGACCGUGGAAUUCCAUCGACUCACUCAUCCAAAAUCUCAGUGAAUGCAUCUCGAGAAAAAUUACCGCCGCGGGUUAACCAACCGCAUCUGCCCAGAUUUGUGUUUCCCAGUAUGGCAUCGUCAGAAUCGUCCCAGGCAGCCUCUACUACUGGCCAAAGCCCAAAAAGAAAUGACCACAAGGAGGCCGAGAAAGCGAAUCAAACAAGCAGCUAUCCAUUUUACCCACGAUGGGGCCAGAGUGAGGCGUAUACUGGAGUCAAAAACAAACUGCUUAGCAAGGAGUUCUGGAUGCGUGAUGAAAAUGCCAAAGAUUGCUUUUAUUGUGGCGAGCCGUUUUCGACCUUUAGAAGGAAGCAUCAUUGCAGAGUAUGUGGUCAGAUCUUCGAUGCGAAAUGCACCACUCUUAUCUCUGGGUCAUCAUUCGGAUAUUCUGGCUCCAUACGGGUGUGCAAACCAUGUGAUGCGGUGAUAAAUGCACCAAGGGACGAUUCAUCCGACUUUUCUGGUGAUGAAGUUCGUAACCCGGUGGUUAUUAAUACCAGAGCAUCCGAAUCCCACGGGAAUAAUUUCGGCAGUCAAUCUACGGGGGAAGACGAUGCAGGCUCUACUGUAUCACAGCCUUUAGGUCAUGUACUAAAAACCCCUACCAUGGCGAUACCUGCAACACGACGUACGGGAGAUGGGAACCACAGGCGCUCGGCUAUUCUAGAGAUUGACUCAGACCGUCAGCUUGCACGGCCGACCUCAUCUAAGUCGAUAAAAUCAGGGCUGAGUAGGUCUCAUUCCGUUCCACACAAAAGGCACCAUUCAAGGACGCAAUAUAUUCGCAACUUCAAGCCCUAUCAUGAUGAGAGAGCACCAUUCCAACGGCGUUUUGGAGAUGAUGUAGUUGGUGACAAACUACCCGCGUUUCAUCGAGAUAGUAUUAUCGACCCGGACUUAGCCCAGUACCUCUCCGAUGACGCUUCAAGCGAAGACGACCAACCUAAUUUAUUUUCAGUUGUUGGUGAAGGUGCGCUGUCCCGAAGUGGCGGAGAUAGUGAAAAAGCCGCCUUUGGCGGAUUUCUUGCUGCCGUUAAAAAGGGGCGCUCUCGUUUUGGUGACAAGAGUGGAUUGUACCUUUCUCGUGACGGAGAUGAUGGGAGCAUCAGCAGCUCUCGGGCUGUUAACCUGCCACGUUCGGCAAGAAGGAGGAAUUUGAGUGUUGCAAGCAGUGUUCACCAAAGACUAUCUCCCCGAAAUUCAAAGGAAAACCCAUCUCUACGCCAUAUACAUGACCUUAGCGCCCCUACGUUUGCUAUUCCUACAAACCCCGCAACCAAUGGGUUUAAAAUGACAAGGAGCGCCUCUAUGAGAGGUGCCGGGGCACCAGCAAUUGAGCUCAAUAAGGCCAGUUUAGAUCAUGUACGCAAACUCCUGCGCCAGCAAUUACGGGAUACAUCGGUACCAAAUUUCCAAAGUUGGGAAACUGCACUUCUUCCAAUCCUGUUAAAAGCCACAGAUGAUGUCGAGCCUGAUGUACAACGUGGUGAUGAUAUGGAUAUUCGGCAUUAUGUUAAAUUGAAAAAGAUCCCAGGGGGGCGCCCUAGCGAUACAGCAUACGUCUCCGGUCUGGUAUUUACAAAGAAUUUGGCCUUGAAAAGCAUGCCGAGAAACAUCUCGCAACCCAGAAUUUUGAUUGUUACAUUUGCCCUGGAGUAUGCACGUCAACAACAGCACUUCAUGAGCCUAGAGCCUGUUAUUCGUCAAGAAAGGGAGUUCCUUGAAAAUCUUGUUAACAGAAUAGCAGCCUUGAGUCCUAAUUUACUGCUGGUUACAAAACAUGUAUCUGGUUUGGCUCUUCAAUUGCUAGAAAAAGCGAACAUAGCUACGGUCUGUAACGUCAAAGAAUCAGUCGUGGAGGCUGUCUCGCGUUGCACACAAACGAGAAUUAUAACUUCCAUGGAUCGUCUGGCUGCGUCUCUGUCAUAUACUGGUUAUUGCGGGAGCUUUGACCUUAAAACAUAUGUUUAUGGAAACCGGAAGAAAACGUACAUGUACAUCUCUGGCUGUCCGAAGGAAUUAGGCUGCACUAUAGUCCUUCGUGGGGCUAAUAACGAUGUUCUCAUGAAGAUAAAGCGGAUUACAGAGUUUAUGGUCUACGUUGUAUACAACCUGAAACUUGAAACCUGCUUAAUGAGGGAUGAAUUUGCGAAAAUCCCAUCCUCUCCUUCUACAUUGACUGGAUCUGGGCAAAAGAGUUUACAACAACCCGAUUCACGGCCGGCCAAUAACGUUGCUUCUUGUACUGCAGAGGAUGAAGCCGCUGGCACUCCCGUAACAAGGAUCGAAAGCUCUGACAACGAAUUGUCAAUAGCUGAGAAAUCGAUGGAUGUUGCGCCUACACAGGUGCAAUCAGACGAUGCUGAUGUUCCUGCCCCAGCUUUCUACGAGGAUAUGGUUGAGAAACAUCAGGUUAAAAUUUUAUCUGCAUCUCCUUUUGUGAAGUUCCAUCAACCUUACCUCCUCAUGCGCGCGAGAGAGUUAGAACGUCAACUCGCCUAUCUCAAACGCCUUCGUGACCAAGAUUUCUCCCAGGAGCCUACCUUGGAUGAGAAAUCAAAGUCAGAAAAAUUUUUCCUAAUCACACCAGAGAUGAUACAUGAACCUCUGUCCGGUGCAUCUAGUAAAGUCAAGGAAGUAAUUCAUGCCGUUCAUGAUGCUGAAUAUGACAGAGCAUUACAUCACUAUCAAACUCAAAAAAGGCAGUGGGAGGCAUAUAUAUCGGGCAAUAUCAACCUCUUUGACCCAUAUGCCCACCAAAAUAUCGUGGUAUUGUAUAGCUUAGUCUGUACAAAAACUUCGAUUCCCUGCUCUGGCCCUGAUACAUUUGCACUUGGAUUCUAUAACCAAUAUGAUAGUGAUAAAAUUUUUGAAGCGGACUGCACACUUGGACAAUACGUUGAAGAUCUAUGCCAUAGUGCUAACGCUGUUUGCACAGUGAAUGGUUGUGAGGAACGAAUGUUCGACCAUCACCGUCAAUACGUCCACGGCGAGGCACAGGUUAGCGUAUUCGUUCAGCCAUAUCCAUCAAAACUUCGUGGUCUUCAGGAUACCAUUUUAAUGUGGAGUUGCUGCAAGAAGUGUGGUAAUGAGACUCCAGCUAUGCCAAUGUCAGAUAGUACCUGGAGAUAUUCAUUCGGGAAAUAUCUAGAGCUCUCAUUCUCCAGUGCCGACUUACAUGCUCGAGCUGGCGUUUGCCCUCAUGAUCUACAUCGGGACCACCUAAGAUAUUUUGGGUUCAAGGACAUGGCCCUCCGGAUACAUUACGACCCUAUCAAUCUGUUGGAAAUCAUUGUACCUCGUCCAAGGGUUACCUGGAAAGUGGAUAAAGCUCUAAGAGUCCGCAAUGAAGUUUACAUCGCUGCAGAAAAGCGGGUGAAUAAGUUUAUGGCGUCUGUCAAAGCACGUCUUAAAUCCAUAAAUGUUGAUAGUGUUAUGCCUGAAAUUGCACAAGCCUGCCAACAAGAAGUUGAAGCACUCAACAAGCGAGCCAACGACGAUCAUGCUGCCCUCAUCAAGCAACAUCAAGCACGGUACAUGAACACUCGAUAUUGGGAAGUCAUCCCCUUGAACACCGUUAUUAUCUCAACCCAAGAAAAGGUCGUUGAAUGGGAUGCAAUAUUUGCUGAGUUUGAACGAAAUUAUUUCCCUUCAGAGAAAGAUAUCAGACGAUUGGCGACAUUGCAAUUGAAGAAAAUAUUUCUCGAUAGAGAUGUAUCAGUCACAUCGCUAACAAGUGAAGAUUCCGGGGCGACAACGGCGGAAACAGAAGAGGACGUGGCAACACCUUCCGGCUCUCCGCGUCUAACUAGAAGGAUGACAUUAUCUCCACAAGAAGCGAAGAAUAUGUUAGCUUCUGUGGUGGAAGAGCAUACAACGAAGCCGAUGAAGCAAACUGAAAUUGAAGAGCUCAAUCCUCAAACCCCAACACGAGGCACUGAUUCCCAACAUGCUGGUGACUCAUCACCUUUGAAACCCAUAAUCGCAUCUGAAACCGAGUUUCGGCAUUUGGAUUUAGCCAUCCCAUCAAAUUUGGUAGAAAAAUUGUCACCCCCAAAGGCGAAGCCAGAUGAUGCCGAUAAGAAUUCAUCUGACCCAGCUCCUGGCGCUGAACCCGUAAACCCCUCAGAGAAUGAACAAGAGAUUCCAAAUGAGCUUCAUCGGAGUGCUGAAAGUACUCCAAAUGGUCAGGAUGCCCCAGAUUCUAUCCGACGUCCAUCUGGCUUGCCGCGUCCCCGUGAUAGAGGACUCAAUCACAGCUUCAGGGCAAAGUCUCCUCCCCUAAUGAGAGCACAAUCACAGCCAGCACAUCUACAGCAACAGCUCUCCCAUCCAACGUUGUCCCAAGAUAAGUUCCCAAAAUCCACCGGCGAAAGAGCACCUGAAAUCAACAAGGGAACUUUUGCGUCUAAAAGACAGCGUUUUUCAGAUCGGCUGAGACUAGCGGGUUUAAAAUCUCCCAAAUUAACUACUGGCCCUUCUUUAAUACCUCGUUCAGUUGCGAAGAAAAACUCGCAUGUAUCUUACCUCACUCGCCAUUUUGAGGAGUUAAGUCUAGAAUUCCAAAAGGAACGAAUUAUUCAGAAUCAUCGGCGAGCUGCACAAGGUAAACAAUCUCGCGCCUAUCCAAUGGCGUCCUCCAAACCAAUUGUUGAGGUGUACAAAAACGUUAGGGAUGCAGUGGAAGAACGUGAGCCUGGGGACGAAGAAUUUCCAUCCAUUGCACCCAUAGCGAUAGUACCAAAGGAACCCGUAGUUCCUGCAACAGAGUCUACCAAAAGCGUUGAGCCACCAGCUGCUAGGCCUCAUACCCCUGAUAAAAGUACCCAGGAACCCCAGAUACCUGAUGAAAACUUGCGUGAGGGUGACCAAAAUGAGAAAACCCUUUCUGGAGGAGAAGGCGAAGACGAACAUAGUGAUGGUGAAAAGACCUUUUUAGACGACGAUCGGAACAUUGAACCAAACGACGAUGCUGCUCCGUUAUCUCCAGAUGAGAUUCCUUUGGAUCUCAAAGAACUUCCAAAACACGAGCGAACUUCCUUAGUCAAGAUGCUCACAAACUUCUGGGCUGAGCGUUCUGCAAGUGGGUGGGCUCCGUUAGAUUAUCCACUAAAUGAUUCUGAUCAUGUCUUUGCGGAUUGUGAUAUCAUUGUCAGAGAAGACGAACCAAGUUCAUUAAUUGCCUUUGCCUUAAACUCUGAGGAUUACCAACAAAAGCUAAGAAGUAUCCAAGAGCAGAAUGAGGCAGGCGAUCCCGUAAACGUUGGCACUGAACCUGAAGUUGAACAAUCGUUGCUUCGAAGCACGGGUACGCAUCUAAAAUACCAGUUUCAGGAAGGUCAAGCCAAAAUGCUUUGCAAAGUAUUCUUUGCUGAGCAGUUUGAUGCUCUUCGCAGGAAAUGUGGUGUAGCAGAUCGCAUCGUCGAAUCGUUAUCUCGGUGCAUGAAAUGGGAUUCCAAGGGCGGCAAGACAAAAUCUCUCUUCCUCAAGACGCUGGAUGACCGGUUUAUUCUGAAAUCACUCUCGACCAUAGAAACCCAAGCCUUCUUGAAAUUUGCACCAGAUUACUUCCAGAUUAUGUCCGAGGCCCUAUUCCAUGAACUUCCAUCCGUGAUCGCAAAAAUGUUUGGAUUUUAUCAAGUAAUCAUAAAGAAUCCGACAACAGGGGUAGAAUUCAACUGGUUUUUGCUUAUUAUGGAGAAUCUGUUCUACGACCGUACACCAACUCGAAUAUUUGACCUCAAGGGGUCCAUGCGCAACCGCAAAGUUCAGAGCACUGGAGAACGAAACGAAGUUCUACUUGAUGAAAAUAUGGUGGAGUUCAUCUAUGAAAGCCCGCUAUUCACCAGAGAGCAUUCAAAGAAGCUGCUUAGCCAGAGUGUUUGGAAUGACACCCUAUUCCUUGCACGGCAGAAUGUCAUGGACUAUUCUCUUAUGAUCGCUAUCGAUGAGAACAAGCAAGAAAUUGUGGUUGGUAUUAUCGACUGCAUUCGAACGUAUACGUGGGACAAGAAGUUGGAGUCUUGGAUCAAAGAUCGAGGAUUUGCUGGAGGUGGUAAAAACCGGCCCACAGUCACCAGCCCUAAAGAGUACAAGAGUCGCUUCCGGGAAGCAAUGGCGCGAUAUGUCCUUUACGCUCCCGACUCGUGGCAUCAGUUCCAUGUUGUCGACCCUAAUAGACAACCCCUGAAGCUCCAGAACCAAAGCAAAAGUACUGUUGCGUCGCAGAAGCAACCACUAGAUGCAACUACGCCUCAGCAAUAA